AUGCCUCCUCCAUCCUUCUCUCCUCUCUUCCUCCUCUUCUUCCUCCUGUGUCCUGAGGUGUGGAGCUAUGAGGCCCCCGAGGAUAAGCAGGAUGUAUUUGCUAGAAAAGCCUGCCCUGCUUUCCUGACCUUCACCAAUGCUGCCUACCUGGCUGGAGUCACUCUGGAGUUGCCCUGCCACUGCAAACCACAACAGGUCCAGUCAGUUGUGUGGUUCUAUAGGAAACAUCUGGACGGCUCCAAGGAGACCAGAGCCCUGACUGAUCACCAUGGCAACAAGCUGCUUGACCCUAGCCAUGUCCCUCACAGUGGCGCCCUGCAGAGUCGAUUCUCCAUCCGUCUCUUCAGCCUGCUCAUCUUCAGGGCGGGUCCCGACGACUCCGGCAUCUAUAUGUGCGGCUCCGCCCACAAAGACUUCUUCCAUGGUUACGACCUGGACAUCCAGGAAGCACGUACGCUCACUUCAGAAACUACGAGCAAGAAAAGGAAAGAAAGAAAAUCACUCGGUUCUGCUCAGCCGCUGUACCAGGUCUUCACCAGCUUCCGGCCCUGGUCAGUCUGCGAUCGCUGUGGAGCACCAGGAGAGCAGGUUCGUGUUGGACUCUGCUACGUCCACUCCCACUUCCUGCAUGUACGCUACAGACGGGCCAAUCAGACGGUCACUUCAUGCGGCUCAGGGGCGGUGCCCAGGGCUUUUGGUCGACUGAAGCGUAGUAGAGUUGGAGCCAAGCUGGAAGUCAAAAGCUGUCAAGUAACUUGUCCAAGUAAACCUCCCCCAUCUUCCAAAAUCCUUGCUCUGAUGGCGUUUCUUGGGUACAAUUCUGCCUCCUUGCCAGUGGAGGUACCAGUGUUUUACCUGAAUCACCCUGCAGACCAUGUCUUGACCCUGGGCUGUCCUGGGGCACGACCUAACAUGGCCGUGGCCUGGGACCGAGGAUCUGAACCCAUCUACCGAUCUGAACACUCGGCAGCUCGUAACCUCAGCGCCACACCCCCCAGGCUGCUGAUAGACGCCGGACACCACCUGGUCUUCAAACCUGCAAAAACUCAGGACUCAGGUGUCUACUACUGCUGGCUGCAGGGUCACCAGGCUGCCGAGAUACGUCUGCUGGUCUACGUCCACUUGGGGCGGGGACAGUCUGUGACAUCACAUCCUGACUUCCCAAGAGCUGUAAAGACAGUGUUAACAUCAUAUGCUGUCAUGACAGCGGUAUUUUGCCUUCUAGUGUUCGGCAGAGCUGGAGUCCGACACCUCAGAGACACCAGAGAAACACAUACGGAUUAA